AACAGUCAAGAUAUACCAAUUCGCCAUGAAAUUACAAAUCGUUUUGCUUAUUUUAGUUGCGAUGGCUCUGAGCGCAUCAGCAGAAAGUAGUACAGGUCGACGUUCAAAUAUUAGAUUAGAACAAUUGUUGCGGAACCAAAAGGACUCACCCUCUAAGCCUAGGUUCUUGUGGAAUAAGAAGCAGCAAGCUGCUCCUGCAACAACUCUUAUUAUUUUUGAACCCCAGGCGGCAUAUACGUCUCCAAACGAGGCGUAUACUUAUGAAGUAACAACUAACGGUACGCAAACAUUCAGUCCUGUCACUUCUAAUAGCAGUCGCAGCUUUGACGAUGAAUCAGUUUUUGAUGACGAUGAUGAAGAUGAAAUCUUGAUUCGAAAUGAAGAAGAAGCUAGAGUUGAAGUUGACGCCGACGAAGACGAUGUUCAAACUUCACCUAGACUUCAAAAACAAAGAAAAAAUUUGAAACUUCAAAAGAUUAAUGCAAGGGAUCAAGACUAUAAGAUUGUCAUUCCUGCCAAGUAUUUGCGUAGCAUUAAAAAAAAUGCACAUGCAAGCAGGUCAGCGAAUUUCAACAACGGUGUCAAUAAGUUAAGGUUACUUCGACUUAAUGACAAAGGUCAUACCAAAAGGAAAUUGUAAUCCAAUUAGUUUCAUCAUUGAAUAAUUAGUAUUAGAAGUGACCUGGAAAAAAUCCGAUAUGAAUGAGAUGUAGCUCCAA